AUUUUCUUACCCACAAUGCAUCAGAGUGCAGAGCCUGCAGCAGGUUCAGGUUAGCAUCGCUGCUGCUAAACACUUAGCUUCGCUUACUCAUUCACUUCCAAGUCCAAACACUACAAAUUAAUGCAUCUUCAGUUUUACAAAUAGGACAUCUGUUUGGACCGCGUCUCACGCCAUGGCUGCCAACGGCCAAGGUGAGGACCUGCAGUAUCAAAAGCCUGGUGCAGAGAGGUCUCGCCGCAGGAGAGGGGAGGACGACGACCUGGACAGUGACCUGGAGGAGGACCUGCUGGAGGAAGACUGGCUUUCUGCCAAAAAGAAUGCCUCUGAGGCGUCUGACGAGGAACUGAAUGACGACCUUCUGCAAAGUGAUGACGAGGACAUUCCACACCUAAGCGCACAGCAGGUGAGUCUGAACGCUACCUUCAGUCUGGGGACGACCUACAGCCAGCAGGGGCAGGGGGACUAUGCCGAUGACGUGGUGGACCUGGGGGGCAAGGUCUUCCAGGAGGGGGCCGCAGAGGGGGAGUACGUGGACGAGUUCAGCCAGGGCGACCAGGCGCACUACGGAGAGGAGAUGAACGACGGCCUCCAGGGCGAAGUUCUGGACCUGCAGAUCACCGAGCCCCUGGACGGGGAGUUCCAGGACGAGGACGAGGACUACCCUGCAGCCUACCAGCAGAUGGGCUCUCCGGGCGGGGCCGGGGCCCAGUACCACCAGGGCUCCCCGCAAGAGGAGGGCCUCCAGGAGCCGGAAGAGGAGGAGAGAGGGGCCGGGGAGCAGGAGUCUCAGGAAGAAGAGGACCUGGCUGAUAGCUCCCACCUGCUGGACCAAGAGGAGGGCGAGAACGAGAUGGGAGAAGAUACUAAGGAGGAGUCAGACGAGGAGGACGAGGACGACGAAGGGUCUGGUCGUCUGCGCUUCAAGUCUGAGAGGAAGGACGCGACUGUGGUGCGGGUAGCGGACGCCGCGAGCAAGAGGAGAAACAUCCCGGAAACCCUCGAGCUGUCGGAGAAGGCCAAGGCGGACCUGAUGGAGUUCGAGAUGCAGGACCGCCAGCGGAGAGAGGGCCGCUUCGGUGGCGGCUGGGGGAGGGGUGGGGGGCGUGGCUACGGCCGAGGCAACCCCCAGGGCUUUGGCGGGCAGAACUUCAGAGGCAGAGGACGGAUGAACGAUCAGAGGAACCCGCUGAUGGGACACAUGGGCAUGCAGCACUCUGCGCGGCUGCCGGGUCCCAUGCGCCCCCACCCCCACCACACGCAGGGGGGCUCCCGGGGGCAGAUGUCCUUCCAGGAGCACCGGGGAGGGCCCCUGGGCCACUCGCCCAGCCUGCAGCCCCUCAUGCCCCCCCACCUGGCCCACCGGUCCCCUCCUCCCCAGCGCCCCCAGCUGGACUCCCUGCAGCAGCGCCUCUUGGUCUCCCCCCCGCCCAACUUUCCCCAGAAUGCCCCGCCCCAGCCCCCGCCGGGCCCCGCCCCCCAGUCCAAGAACAUCCACAUCAACCCCCACUUCAGAGGCCCCGCCUCCACGCCACCCGCCCAGCAGGCACCCUUGACACCGUCGGUCCAGAUGCAGCCCAGACCGGGAGGUGCUCCUCAGAGGUUCCCAGGGCCGGGAGAUUUCCAGCAGACGGGGCCCUUCGGCCAGCCCCAGCGCCCCCCGCCCUUCCUGGAGCCCUUCAGGAGCCCUGUUGCACCUCCCCCGCAGGAGCGUGAGCCCUUCUUCAUCGGAGAACCGAGGUUUCCGGGCCAGCCCAUGUUCGACCAACAGAUGACCAACAUACUGCUGGGAGCCGGAGGCCCCCAGCCCCCCCACCGGCUCCCCCAGGAGCAGCAACCUCCGCCCCAGGGCCACGUGACCUUCGGCCAGCCGGCCCCCGUCUUCAACCAGACGGGUCCCGGGCCCCUGGGACUGUUCCAGAGGGAGCCCCCCAGGGCCGGCAUUCCACCCCAGGGGCUGGGGGGCCUGAACCAGCAUGGGGGCCCCCCCAACCAGCCCCGGCCCUUCAUGGGACCCAGGCAGCCCUUCGGCCAGCAGCAGAACCAGAACCUCUUCACCCCCCCUCCGUUUGGGAUGCAGGGUGUCCUGCAGUUGCCCCACCAUGACCACAUGGCCUCCCAUCCACCCCAGCACCACCAGUCACAACACCACCAGUCCCAGCACCACCACCAACAGCAGCAGCAGCAGCAGCAGCACCACCAACAGCAGCAGCAGCACAGACAAGACCUCCCCCCUCACCACCACCACCACCCACAGCACCAUCAUCAACAACAACAGCAACAUAAUCAUCAACAACAGCAACAGCAUCAACAACAGCAGCAUCAUCACCAACAACAGCAGCAACACCACCAGCAGCAGCAGCAGCAGCAGCAGCAGCAUCAGCUAGCUCUGAGUGACCAUCGUCCCAUGAUUCACCAGGGUCAGAACCCCUUCCAGGGCGGCCCCCGCCAGAUGACGCCCCGCCACCAGAACCCCCCACCGCGCAACGGCCCGCCCAGGCAGCACAUGAACGCCCCCACUGGAAAACAACACAUGCAGAUCCUGCCGCAGCGCAACAGCAACCUGCGAGAGCUCCCCGUUGCCCCUGGCAACAACAACAACAUCACCACCACCACCACCGCCGGCAACUUCAACCGGCCCGGCGCCGUCCCUGGUUCCAACAUCAGGCCAGUUGCCAGGGCGACGCCAGGGCCCCGACCGGCCGCCGCCGUGGGCCUGGGGAGGGGCAGGCCCCCCGUAGGGUUGGCAACGGGAGGAGACCCGCCUUCCACGGGCAGAACCGUGGUCCGGAAGGAGGUCCCACAGGACCCCGAGGAAGACGAGGAGACGCGGCAGUACAGGAUGAAGAUCGAGGAGCAGAAAUGUCUGAGGGAGCAGAUCCUGAGGAGGAAGGAGAUCAGGAGGCAGAUGCAGGCGGGCGUCCGCAAGAAGGAGCUCCUGGACCGCCUCAACGCCCAGAGCCCCGCCCAGCUCCCCGGACCGAACCCCGACCAGGCCCCGGGUCCGAGCCAGGGUGUGAUCCAGGGUCAGUACCAAGGCCCUCCGCAGCAGCAGAUGGCCCCACCACAGGCCCAGAGACAGUUCCCUUUCAAGCAGCAGCAGCAGCAGGUGCCCCCCAACCAGGGCCCGGUCUUCCCCCCUCACCAGGGCCCAGGCUUCCCCCCAAACCCUGGCCAAGGCUUUCCCCCCAACGGUGUCCUGCAGGUCCCCCAGCUACGCACGCCGGUCAGGCCCCGCCUCCAGCCUGGUAUGGGCAUCGCUGGGCCCAGCCCGCAGAGACAGAUCCAACAACAACAAGCACCACCACCCCAACAGACGCCACAGAGGAGGAACAGCGCCCAGUCCUUCCAGCAGCCCCAGCCCCCUCAGAGGAUCAUGCCCAUCCAGGGUGUGUCGUCUGUCGGACCCAGUCCACUCCAGUCCCUGGCUAUGGGGCCUAAAGUAGGAGUGAAGAGAACAGUGAUGCAGCGUAGCAGGAGUCUGGCCGAAGACGACCAACAGCUCCCAGAAAAGGUCCGCAUCGUCAAACUACCCGGAGCACAUGGCCGGGGUACAGAGCCCCAAGGCAUCCCCGAGCCCCUGACCAUCCCGUCCCUCACACAGGGGGCCCACAGGAAAGUGAUGCACGCCGGUGCCAUGGCAAUGCAGCCGGGCCGCGGGGGCGGAGCCAAUAGGGUUCUGGUGGCGGGGCGUGGUCGAGCCAGGUGGGCUCCUGGUCGUGGGAGAGCCGCCCAAGGCCAGCAGGUGGCUGAGAGCCAGGCCUGCACCGUGUCCAUCGAGGGCCUCUCCUCGUCUACCACCGACGCCCAGCUCAGAAACCUGCUGCACUCUAUCGGACCCAUCCAGAUGUUCAAGAUGCUCCCCCAUCAGAGGAAAGCCCUGGCCAAGUUCUCCAACCCCGACCACGCAUCCAGCUUCCAGAAGAGCUUCAACAGGCACAUGAUUGAUUUGUCCCACAUUGACGUGUCGUUGGUUGACGGAUGAGGAGAAAAUCCUACCCCUCCAAUCAGAAGACGUUGGGAAGAAGAAGUCAUUGAAAUUUGAACUGUUCCCGUGCCCCGCUCUAGCAGGGCUCAGCCAAUCCCUGACCUCCCUUGGAUCUUGGACAUAACAGAGACAGACUGAAACCAAGGCCAGGUUUAUGGUUUAUAAACAUUGAGACUCUACUGUGAUGUACUGUCAGUACUAGGGACACUCAUUAAGGACUGUUCAGAUAGUGGUUGCUCCCCUCAACAGAUAAACAUUGUUCAUAAUAUAUACAUGUUAAGAGCAGAUUAAACACAUUAUUAACAGAUAAAACAUCUCAAUAAUGAGCAGAUCGGACUAACCUGUAGCUGUAGGGAUGUUGUUUGCGUGAGUGCAAAAGGCUCAUCUUGGUGUUGGUAUCCUAGGAGAACAGUGCCAUCUAGUGGCUCCUGUUUGCACUUUUUGUUUGCAGUGUAUUUUCUUCCUUUAGAGGGCAGUGUACCCUAAGUAUUGCUCCCCAUAUUUUUGUUUUUUAUGUAGGAAUCGGUUGCUUCUCGCCAUAUUUUUUUCCCAAUAGCUCCCUCUAUUGGGAGACAGUGCUGGAAUUAGUUUACACGACACAAAUAAUCUGGAACUGGUGGCAUUAUUUUUCAUUUCCACGUGAAUCCAUAAGAAAUUACCUUUGCCCAACAGAACUUUAAAUAUCACUGAACUGCAACCUUAUUUUAUCCGUGGAAUAAGAAUUAGAAAAUUGUGUUUUUCUUAUUAAGGAACAAAUAAUCGUAAUCGUAAUAUUUUUAGAAGUUAAGUCUUUAUUUUGAGUAGCUCAUUUCUAUUUCAUUAAUUUAAAGUAUAACUAAGGCGAGCUUGUACACUUUUUAAUAAUUAGGUCUUUAUUUGCUCAACCUUCUAGACGGGACUUGGAUUAACAGGCGUACAUGACACGUUGCAUUUGUUUGGUCCCAGAUUACAUGAUACUUAAUAAUCUUACCCCUUAAACAUCCUCCAACUCUAAUAACAGGCGGAAAACAAUAUAUUUUUAUUAUCUAUCUUUCGACAAACCCUUAAAUUUGGAGCCUUUUAUUAAAUCCAUAAAAUAAUUUCAAAAUAAAUAACUGAUAGCACUCAUCAGCAUUUUGCAUGCCCAAACUCUAUUUUGAAAGAGCAGGGCUAUCAUUCUACUGAAUGAGUGGAUACGUGUCCACUUUCUACGACUACAUUUCUUUAUUAGCCCUCCAAGACACAUGAAGAGAGAACCGAACAACCUUAAUGUUUGUCAAAACAUCGCCGUGCUUUCCCCACAUAGUUUGAUGUCGGCCGAUAUCAGCUGGUCUUAUAGAUGUGAUUGGAGGUGGAGAUAAUUCUCUUUGUGUCCGUUCUGCUCUUGCCAGUAUUCAGUCCAUCCUUUAGCCAGCGAGAGGGGGCAGCCAUUACCUGGUCCAAAUCAUGUACAUCAACUCGACCCUAUUUACGUUAACGAGUGUACUUGCCUAAGAUGACCUGUUUUCAUUGUGUGCGUGAGUGUAUAUAUAUGUAUGAGUAUGAUGCGAUUUCCAGCGGGAAAUAUGAUUGGAGUUGACUUGUAAAAACCAACAGCUGAGAGAACUGAUCGAUGUUUCUGUUGAAGGUAUAUGAAAAAACGUUUUAUGGGAAAAAUAAAAUAUGGCUGAUAUACCGUUGACAUGGAGGUAUGUGACGCCAGUGAUGUCUGAUGUUCUGAAAUCGUGUGUUUGUUGUGUGAGGAGGAUGUGUUCUACUAGUUUUUUAUUUUUUUACAUUUUACACAUUUACGUUGCACUAAAUCUCAGUAUUAACAAUCUUUUACAAACCACAGAUGGUCCACAGGAUCCAAGUUAGCGGUUGUUUUCAAUAAGAUCCACGGUUGGUAGCGGUUAGGUCAGAGGGGAAUACCGUUGAAUUGUUCCAUUUGUGAUUUGUACUAUAUUGUUUGCCAUUCUGCAAACAAAAAUAGUUUUCUAGUCCUUUUUAAGUCAGCUCCAUAUUAUGUACUUGAAACAUAGGAAGUUGUCACUCUGACCUGUUCUAACUUCCUGUUUAGGAUGAACAUGGUCAUCUGCACUUUACGACAAUCCUGGAGAAUUCAGUCUUUUUAUCACUACUUAAAUACCUUGUAGUUUUCCUUAUCUUACAUAUAGAGAUGUUAUACCCAGAUAUCACUUAAAAUGGUAUGGACUUCACCUGAAACACAUGGAUUCUAGAUGCAGAGCUUAGAGCUAGCUGUUAGCCAAAUCAUACCGCCUCAGGAUAUAUGGAGCUGUAGGAAAUAUGUCUUUAGAGUAAAUUAACUCUGUAGAGAUAGUAGAGCUCUACAACUACAUAGACGUAGAGCCGUCACUAGCAUGGAGCUAGCAGGUUGAAGGUUGUGGUUCCCGGGUGCUAAUGUAUGUGUUCAAUGUUUGUUUUUUUUGUACUUUUCUUUCCAUGUUUUUGAGUUGAACUCAUACGGAUGAAGUUGUUGUUUCCAAAAACAUGGUUCCCCUAGUCUAUUGGGGUCGCUCCUAAGGAGUGCGUACCGGCAUCAGCCAUGCCGACGAUGUUAACGCUGACUUAUGUUAAGUUACUAUAGACGAUGGUUAAGUUAAGUAUAACUAGUGUUUGUAACCGGUUAGUUAUCGGUUAUUUACAGAGUCGUCAUUCAGAACCGGUUCAUAUUGGACCUCUUGGUAGCUUAAAUUUAAGAAGUGGAUUUGGUUAUACAGUUAGUAUUAAUCUCAAAUCCUAUGGGUCUUUUUUUUUAUGGUUGCUUAAAGAUAUGAGAAUAUUUGGGUUUUCCAAAGUUUACACUACCAAGAGUUUUGACUUGUGUUGCUUUAACAGCCUCAUGUUUAUUACUGGAGCUAUGUUAUUCAUGGUAUGCCGUUCUGACUUGGUUUUACGCACAAAAAAAACCUAACCCUAAACACCCACUUCUCCAUCUCGACAGGUUCCGACGGCAGAACGUGUGUUUAAGUAUUUCCUCACAGGUCCAGAUGAACUCUGUUUCGCCCUACAGGUCCCGUGGUCUCUGGGUGGAGCCAUUUCCCCUCACUAACUCAUCUUUAAGCGCCGCAUCCCGUUACGCUAUUUUUCCCUAAUAUAAUUUCGAACCCAAAUGUACUGCUUCAAAUAUGAGUUGCGCUAAAAUCAUUGUCUUCAACACCAACUCAGUUUCCUCCUUAAAGAUGGACCAUUAUGUAAUUAAUGGGAUUCGGACCAAUUACUUUUCUGGGAUUCCUAGAAUCUGAGUUGAUCUGGCAGAUAACAAUUUCUUCACAACACGUGUUUAGAGUAGUACUUUUAUAUUUUCAAUUAGCCCAGUAUGGCUGUCCCCUUUUAAGUUGAUUUCCUUCUCUUUAGCCUCUCCUUACCUACCUUACUUUAUAACAGUGACUACCAUACCUUGCCCCAGCACAUUGCCUAACCUCCUUUACCGUAUCACUUCACCUACCUUUCCUCUUAGUGCCUAACUUGCCGUAUACUACCUUACCUUUCCACCUACCUUAUUACCUUGCCUACCCUUCCUCAUACCUUAUUUGCCCACCUCACCUUAUUCUAAUUUAUCUUAACUUGUGUAUUUCCCUAAUUUCCUUCCCUUAAUGUAGUGUUCCUGUGUUUGCUGUUCCUGAAACCUUUAACUUUAAAUCCUCCAGAUUGCUGGGAGGAGAUCAUGUUCUUACUGGGAAUACUGCAGUCUAGCACUGUAGUACAUACUAGUUAAUACUGCUAUAUAGUGGGUUAUACACCAUAGUACAUACAAGGGUAAUACAUCCUAUAAUAAUUGGCCAAGAUGGGAUAUUGUAUACUAGAAUGGUCUAUAUACUAAUCUGGUAUACAAUAGCGUAGUAUGUACUUUAUUAAAGUCCUUACUAAUAUAGACUUAAGUAUAAACUAAACUAAUAUUGCAUGGUAUUAUCUAAUGUACUAUAGUGUAUACUAUACUAAUAUGUACUAUGGUGUACUAUACGAGUAUGUACUACAAUGUUAACUGAAGUAUGUAUGCUUAAUACUUGGGUGUGUGUACAAUAUACUAGCUUAAGAGUGUGUAUCAUACUUUUAUGAUUACUAUAUGCUAGUACUAUAGUGUAUUGUGGUUACAUACUAGUAUGUGCACUAUAUACUUUAAUGUGUACAAUGUACUAGUAUGUAUGCUAUGUAUCUGUACUGUAUUAUUUUUGCUUAAUUCUUCUUCUGCCGUCCAUUUGACAGCGACCAAUCACAGGCCGGCUGUUGCCAAUGGGAUUAACCCUUAACCCCUCCCUCCAGCAGGUUCACUUCCUGGAUUGUUUUAGCCAAUCAGACGGCGGCUCCUCUCAGAGGGGAAAAGUGCUCACACAGCAGAUGCUUUCAAAAUAAAGGCACUCCUUGAAUCAAAGCAGCUACUUUGCCUUUUUGGGUGUAAAAGACUACCUGUUGUGCUCUAAAAUCAAGAAUGAAGCAAACUGACAAUUGACUAGUCCACACGUGGACCUGUGUCCCUGUCCUGUAUCUAUGCACUAUCUUGUACUGUCUUGAGGUGUCAAUGCUUAAUAUGACAUGUUCCAAAGAUCCAUAUGUUGGAUACAAAUGUUACUAUUUCUACCUCUGUAUUGUCAUCAAUCAUGUUCAUGUGAUCGAUCCAAACUACUUAAGCGUGAUAAAAUGUUGAUCAUCGCUACAAGAUUUUUGUCAAAAUAAACGUUCCUUUUGUCCGUCCUUUCAUUCAAGGAG